AUGUUUUUCUCUCCAGAAAUCCUUACUAAUAGGUCAAGCGGCCUGUCAACCAUUUGGCUAAUGGCUACCCUUGGGAAUAAACCCUCGGCCGCCUCUGCCAAACUUUCCCGCAAAGAUAUCCUGGCCACAGAAAUCUCUGGUGUUUGUAGAAUAAUCAUCAACCCAGAUGGGCCUCUCGCUCUACGGCUCUCAUCAAACCUACUCUACGGAGUAUCGCUUGUCUACCAACAGCAAAUCUCUUACCUUCUAACAGACGUCUCACAAAUGCGCUCCAAAAUCACAAUGGAAAACAUUUUCAACCUCAUCACACUCGACCCCAAAAUGGCAAAAGCUAAAAAAUCAUCUCUUGUCUUGAGAAAUGACCUCAACACUUUUAACAUUGACCACGUCCUACUCCCCAUGGACCCGUUCCCAGCAUUUCUUGCUCCACAUGGUGAAGAAGAUGAUAAUGAUAUUACACUCCAUUCCAUCAACCGUUUACCUAAUGUGUUGGGACAAGAUAUGGAUGAAGACCCUGAUCUCCGGGCCGUCCAUACUAACCUCCUCCUAAAUGAAGAAGAUGAAGCACUUGCUAUUGAUCUGGGGUUUGAAUUUGGAGAAGACGGUGAGCUUCAAUUUUACGAUAAUAACACAGGUAGACCAAGUUCAUUCAACUCAUCCCAAAGUACUUUAAACGGGAAUGAAACCCGUCGACUGCUGGAUGCAAUCAAUGAUCAAGACGAAAUUGUUGAUGGAGCUGAAUUUAUGGCUCAAGCUCGCGUUAAUCGACCUUCAGAUCUUUACAAUCAAGAAGAAGAGCAAGAUUAUCGAAAUGAUGACUAUGAUGGCUGUGGUGGAGGUGGUGGAGAAGAUCCUAAUCCUCCUGCAAACUUAGAAGAUGAAGAACAAAUUGAUUACAACAACCUCCCCGAUCUUAACGACAUGUUCCCGCCGCUCCAACAGGUCCCCAACCCCACCACACGAAACCCCGAGGGAGAAGAAGAAUCCACGGCUUUUACCGAAACACAAAAUGCACGUCUCGAUGAACACAUUGAGUCCAUCAUAAAUGCCCAUAACAAUUCUUCUUCACUCUCUGAGAGAGCAGCUGCAGUGGCAGCAGCAACAACAACACAACCUCCGGCUCCUGCUAGAACUGGUCCAGUUCUUAGAAAAUGCCCUUAUGAUGAGGAAAUUGGGCUUUCUUCAGAUAUUUUAAGGGAAUUCCGAGAAAAUUAUGUCACAAAUAUGACUGCUCUCAACUCAGCCAAACGCCGAAGACUCGAAACAAAGCAGAAUCGACUAAUCACCGUACAAUCUGUGCUGCAAAAAUCCAUGGGGUUACAUCCUUUUGGAAGAUUUCUUGCCACUUUUCCCUUGGAAAAUGUAUCAUUGUCUCCACCAUUGGAAACAGGCCGUUCUGCUGUUGCUGGGCCUCUAGUCCCAGCUUCCCGCCAACCCAGCCUUGACAUUGAAAUUGGGCGUGGUCCUGACUCCACUCCACGCAACUUUAGUCUUGGUCUUUCCCCCCAGCCUAUUCGAAUCGGUAGUGAUUCUUCCAGUAACCCUCAUCACCACCAUCACCACAGAUCACUCAGUAAUGGGCCCUUUGAUAUUCCCUCGCCCAUUAUACCUCGACAAACUUCUCAGCGACCUGGAAUCAAUGUUAACAACCUGGAUGACAUUGAAGAAGAUGAAGCUGAUGGUUCAGAGAUUAUGCGAAUGGCAUAUCAACGGCUCAAAGAUCAAAGAGAAGGCCGGGCUCCACAAUUACCGACACCGCACCUUGAUCAAAACGAAAAUCGAGAUGCAUAUCUUAACUGGGAUUACGAGGACCAGCAGCAGCCUUAUAAUGAUAAUUACGACGCUCAUGAUAACUCAGUUAUUCAUCAUAACGUUGGUCGUAACAAUAAUCUUGACUUUGAUCUUGAACUUGAUCUAAAUGGUGACUUGGGUCUGGAUGUAGUCCUUGACAACUUUUACGAGUCAAGCAGUGGUGAAGACAACUCAUCAGUUGAUGGUGAGAGAGAAGGCGGUCAUAAUACAAUUCAGUUUGGUGGUGACCGCCAAGGUAUUUUUGGUGCGCCAAUAAAGAAAAACCGGUACAACAAUGAGCGUCAUUUUUUUAACUACACACGACGCAUGGCAUCCAAAAUUACCAAUCACCAACCAUUGUCGUCGUCAUCAUCAAAAUUCCGUCAAAGACUGCGGGUCGGAUCACACUCACAGUCGCCGUCACCUAGUGUAUUGGAAACUAGUGACAGUAGUGGUGAAAGUCUUGAAGAGGGAGGCAGUAGAAACUUGGCAGUGUUGAAUAGAAAUCACAUUGUGGGCAGUAAAGACCCUGUACCGUUUGAUGUGCUUUUCCCUGUGGGCACCACGUCGCGGCGCGAGGCUGCGGGGGCUUUCAUGAUGGUGCUCAAGCUCGUGACCAACGGCCGGAUGCGCGUGCGGCAACAGCAAGGUGGCAGCACAAAUAUAGGUCGUGGAGGUGAUGGAAGAGGUUCAUUUGAAACCUCUCGUUCAGGCAUCUGGCUUUUUAUAUGA